ACCUAGAGUUUUGCCGCUCAGCUGGUCACUGACCUUGGUAGUGUGCAUGGGUCUGUGCGAGACAUCUCUGGAUCCAGUUGACACCCCUCUCACCUUAGCCCGCCGACGCCCGAAACCGUGGUCUUCAAUCUGAGGAGCAAAGUCACUGCCUCCAUGAGUUUAGAUCGUAACCUCUUCACGCUCCUCCUGACACCCAAUGCUGCCGCUUCACGUGUAGACCAGGGUGUCUCCGUCGUCGAUCUCAUUGACCCGUCUGGGACAGUGUAUUAUCGAAAGCGACGUAUCGGCGGAGGAGUAUACAAGGCUGAACUAUGCGAACCCAUAUCGAACACGUUGUUAGCGACAGUAACAGCGCCAAGUGCUACGAGCAAGCAUAAAACGAUGGAACUCUAUAAUCCCACAAAGGUCGUCGAGCUCAAGUUCACAGGCACUCUAAGCUUCAAGUGGUCGUUCAAGUGGGAGGAUCACGAGUUCGAAUGGAGGCGCGAAGAGUGCUUCAUCGUUCGCAAGCCCGACCCACCAGUACUCGUUGCCUUGACCAAGGAACCCCCAGGAAGGAUUAAAACGUCGUCCGUUCAGAUCCUCGAUUACAACUUGCAUCGAUUUGAUAUCGAAGACCGUAAAGGUCUGGAAAUCGUCAUUCUCUUCGCCCUCCUUACGUUUCAAGAUUCGAGCGACGCAUACCAUGAACCAGAUACUGCCGCCUCCACUUCUCCCACACCAGCGAAUUCCAGCAGUACUAAAGUCAUACCUACGGCAACAGCGCCACCACCUCUCCCUCCAAAACCGGCGCCAAAGACGGGUGUUGAGAGGAUCGCCGAACUACAACGCGGCCGCGGUCUGGUGAAUGAGGUCUCCGUUAUGGAGGAGGGAGAUGUGAAGGAUUACGCCAAGUACUGCUUACAGUUGCUUUCGGACGACGCUAUGCUAUUUAUCAGCGUCUGCUCUACAGAAGCAGCUCAGGUUCCGAAAGUCUUGCAAGUCGUUGAAGAAACUAAGCGGAAGCGGUACAAAGCUGGCGACUCGGAGUUACACCAGUAUGUUCUCUAUGAUACUCAAAGGGAGACACCCCAGAAAGGACCAAGGAUUAUUAAACUUGACGAUGAGCCUAGCAAGUCGAAAGCGAAGGAUUAUACCCCUCCGAGCAGUCUGAUUGUGCAUUUGAGCAAGAUCGAUAUGCCUGAGCUAAGACCACGCAGUGUGGGAUUCCCUCCUAGUCGUGCUAAGGAAGCUGAUUCCGGAAGAAGCAAGGGUAAAGAAAAGGCAAAGGAGAAAGAGAAGGACAGAAAAAAGAAAAAAGAGAAAGGCAAGGACAGCGACAACGAAAGAGUCAAGAAGGAUAAAUCAUCCUCCCCAGUACCACACAGGAACAGCCCACCGGGAGGAAAUUCACCUGCCCGACUCGUUCGUCCGCAAUCGCAGCACUUUCAAACAUAUCCCUCUCCGCAUACUCGUGCCUAUUCUCAUGGAAAUAACUCAUUUGGAACGCCCCCUCCGCUCCCACCACGUCACGCUCGCCUUCCCAACCCACAGUCUCAGCCUGCACAUCGUCAGUCGAUGUAUGGUGGUUGGUACGGUUAUCCCACAAAUGCACCACCGCCUCAGCCCCCAGCAACAGCACCUCCAGCACUUCGGCCCCAGCAGAGUUCCACUGGGCUCUUGGGCAGGCUACUUGGGGCGCGAUAGUAGUUUUUCAUGUUCGUGAUUUGCCCCAGUGGAUCAUUCACUAUUCCUUUCCUUUCUUCUGUUUUCUUUUGUCUUUUCUUUCUCUCGUUUGCUGCGACGAUGACCAAUGCAACACAUUUUGGUUGAUGCGUUGUACAUGUGCGCAACCACGUCGUGGCACCGCUGCCAGAGUACUUGUAGGGGGUGGCCUCCUAUGUCUGUCAAGGUAGUCAAUUCCUGGUCUGAGUACUUACAUCUGCAGUAGGGUCGGGUGCUUUUCGGACUCCCCCGUUCACUCACUCUCGUAUCCCAAAGCGGCGUCACUUUUAUCUUUAAGGCGACUGGAAAACCAAGUACACGUAUAUUUAUCACUGUCUCUCGAUCAGAAUUGCAUAGUAACACGGACCUUUUCUUUUUGCUUGUGGAAUC